AACCGGAAAUGUCCAAACCGAGAUUUGAUAUUAACUUGAUUGGUAUUGAAGAUUUAACAAUGAAUUUGAACCAAUUUAAUUUAUCAGGUUAAAUAAAAUGCUCCCUUAUGAAAUAAAUAAAUCUUUUUUUUUGUGUUCAUUUAAUUGAGUUCCUCUCAAGUUACCAUAUAAGGAUUCAGGUGUAGAAAAAGAGAAAGAAGAAAACUUUAAUCAUCUUAUGGAUUCAAGUGUAGAAAGAACGAGAGAUCCUUGCUGCUUGAUGAAAACCCAUUUCCUGAAACCUUACGUAACCUCCAUUGACGGUCCUGUGGCCGAGCUUCCUCGUCGUCGUCGUGUCUCUGUUUCUUCAUCAGACGUAAAGGUUCCGUCUUUGAGGAGUUUCGGCAAUGGGGCUGGGUCUACAGAUCGUAAUUUCAUAUCCUGGAUGCGAAAGAUGGAAGCUUUACACGAACCCACUUGGAGAAAAGCUGGGAUCUUUGAAGCUAUCAAGGCAUCUACAUUCAAAAUCAGUAAAAACCCAUCUUUGAUUCAAGCCCUAGUUGAUAAAUGGUGUCCUGAGACCAAAUCAUUCGUCUUCCCUUGGGGUGAAGCAACGAUAACGCUAGAGGAUGUGAUGGUUCUUCUAGGGUUUUCAGUUUUGGGUUCUUCUGUUUUCGCCUCUGUGGAAAGCUCAGAGAUGAGAGAUGCCGUGAAGAAGCUGGAGAAAGCAAGGACAAAGAUUAUGGGGGGCAAAGGUGGGCAAGUGAGACAGUCACAAUGGACUUUGCGUUUCGGAGACAGAGAUGAUCCGUUGGAGCAUGAAGCUUUUCUUGCCAUGUGGCUUUCUCAUUUGGUGUUUCCACAUAUGUCUCGCCGCUCUAUUUCAAGACAUGUGUUCCCAGUUGCUGUCCGUUUAGCUAGAGGGGAAAGGGUUGCUCUUGCUCCUGCGGUUCUCGCUAGCGUGUACAGAGAUUUAGGUGCCAUUACAGGAGAUGAGUCUUAUCAUCCCAAGUCUCUGUUGAAGUUAGUUCAAGUGUGGACUUGGGAGAGGUUCAAGAACGUGAGACCAAAAGCUAAGGAGAUACCUAAAGGGGAGCCGAGAAUCUCUCGGUGGGACGGUUUGCAGAAGAAGUAUGAGAAUGUGAGAUUGAGUCUUGAUGAUUUCGAGUGGCGUCCAUAUACUAAACCAUUACAGAAUUGGAACCCUCUUAGGUUUUACGUUGAGGAAGCUAUGUGGGUGAAUGUUGAUAACAGUCUUGAUGAUGAGUUUGUUGCGUUUGCUAGAUGUGUGAGGAGUUCUCAGCUUGUUGGGAUUGGUUUUGUAGAGGAUUAUUAUCCGAAUCGAGUGGCGAUGCAGUUCGGGUUUAGUCAAGAUCUUCCUGGUUUGGUUACUCGUCAUAGCAGUGACUACACAGAGAAGGAAGCAUGGGAUGAUUACAAUAAGUCUCUUGUUGGUUUGAAGCUGUACAUGCCUUCUCGUCUUGCUGCAGGUUCUGUUACUAUGAGAUACCGAGAUUGGUGGGUGAAAUCAGUUUCACAGUUUCUUGGUUUUGAGGAGUCAAAUGAAACUUUUGGUGCAAGCAAUGCUGGUGAUGAUGGUGCUUUUCCUGAGGCACAGCCUCUAAGUGAAGUUCUUCAGAAGUUGGGAGAAGGGUUUCCUGCAAAACUCAAGCGACCUAGGAAACUUAGAAUAGCGAGACGUAUGGGAUCAGUUUCAGUAGAAAUGCCACUUAGUGAGUUGUUUCACAAGGAGUUAGCGAAGAGGACAAGUGAGAAUUUGAGAGGCAGGCGAGCUCGUGAGGGUGAUGAUGAUAAUGGUAUGGAUUCUUAUGAUGAUAUUACCAUUUCUCAGCUGGUAAAAUGUAGAAAGAAAGAUGGAGGAGAUGGUUCUGGAUCACUUGGAAUCAGGAGGAGAGAUAAGGAUGAUAACAAUGAUUCACAAACCUGUGUUGAUGAAGUUGAUGUAAGGAAAAGUAAUGAUCCAGAGAUGAAGAAGACUCUGGUCGAAGAUGUAGGAGACACUUCUGAAUCACUUGGAAUCAGGAGGAGAGAUAAGGAGUAUAAAAAGUACUCAAGGAUUUCUCAAGAGCUUGCUUCUAAAGAUGAUGAAGCUGUAGCACCACAAGUUAUAGAGCCACAGAAUGAUGAAGAAGAAACUAGAAGUGAAGCAGUGGAGACUGUGGUUAUGAUCCCAUGUAUUGGUGACACUGUUCUGUCACCAAUGAAGGCAGGAGAAACCUGUGUUGAUGUAAAUAGAAGUGAAGCAGUGGAGACUGUGGUUGAUCCUGGAACCAAGGAAGCAGAGUGUUUGCUUCAUGAUGAAAGACUGAAACAUAGAAAGCUUACAACAGAGGAGCUAGCAUUGAACCUAGAGGCACGUUUUAUGAAGGUGGAGAAUACUUUGGCAACAAUUAGAAAUUGGAUAACCAAAAGAAACCAUAUCCAAACUGGACUUUCUGCUUAAGUUAAUCAUGUCAAAAACCUUAAGAUCAGAAAGAAUAAAACAACGUCACAUAUCACUCUUUUGCAUAAUCUUAUGAACUUUAACUUAGCUUUAUGAUGUUACGUGUGUAUUUAGUUUAGUACUAUUUGAAAUAUAUAAUCAAAAAUGUUAAAUGAAUAUUUUUUUUGUU